CUAAGCGGACCGGUCGGAUUUCAGAAUUCUAAGCACCGAGUGGCUCGGAAAUUCUUUUAUACAUAUAAUUAAACGGAUAAACAAGGCUACCUGUGGAUCGCAUAAUUCGCUAUAUAGUUAAAAAUACGAAAACUGUGUUAGCUACGCAGAUAAAACGAAAGCUGUUAUCAGCAGCAACCGUGUUUCGGAAACAAUUUACGAUAAAGUGCUGCAAAAAUGACUUGGGGAUUUGUGACCUGCGGACCUAAUGAGGCCCUAGUUGUGUCUGGGUGCUGCUACAUGAAGCCGCUUUUGGUGCCGGGAGGACGUGCAUUCGUUUGGCCAGUGGGCCAGCAGGUUCAGCGAAUUUCGUUAAACACGAUGACCCUGCAGGUGGAGAGUCCUUGCGUGUACACCAGCCAGGGAGUUCCCAUCUCGGUGACGGGCAUUGCACAGGUGAAGGUUCAGGGUCAGAACGAGGACAUGCUGCUGACCGCCUGUGAGCAGUUCUUGGGCAAAUCCGAGGCAGAGAUCAACCACAUCGCCUUGGUCACCCUGGAGGGACAUCAGCGGGCCAUUAUGGGUUCGAUGACCGUGGAGGAGAUCUACAAGGACCGCAAGAAGUUCAGCAAGCAGGUGUUUGAGGUGGCCUCUAGCGAUUUGGCCAACAUGGGAAUAACCGUGGUUUCCUACACCAUCAAGGAUUUGCGCGAUGAGGAGGGCGACUCAAAGGGCUACCUGAGGUCAUUGGGUAUGGCGCGCACGGCGGAGGUGAAGCGUGAUGCCCGCAUUGGCGAGGCGGAGGCCCGUGCUGAGGCGCACAUUAAGGAGGCCAUUGCUGAGGAGCAGCGCAUGGCCGCGCGUUUCCUCAACGACACCGACAUUGCCAAGGCCCAGCGUGACUUUGAGCUGAAGAAGGCCGCCUACGAUGUGGAGGUGCAGACCAAAAAGGCCGAGGCCGAGAUGGCCUACGAGCUGCAGGCGGCCAAGACCAAGCAGCGCAUUAAGGAGGAGCAGAUGCAGGUGAAGGUGAUCGAGCGCACACAGGAAAUUGCCGUCCAGGAGCAGGAGAUCAUGCGCCGCGAGCAAGAGCUGGAGGCCACCAUUCGCCGACCGGCCGAGGCAGAGAAGUUCCGCAUGGAGAAACUGGCCGAGGCCAACAAGCAGCGCGUGGUCAUGGAGGCCGAGGCGGAGGCAGAAUCGAUCAGGAUCCGUGGUGAGGCGGAGGCCUUUGCCAUAGCGGCCAAGGCUAAAGCAGAAGCCGAGCAGAUGGCGAUGAAGGCAGAGGCCUAUCGCGAGUACCGCGAGGCUGCCAUGGUGGAGAUGCUCCUGGACACACUGCCAAAGGUGGCCGCCGAGGUGGCUGCUCCGCUGUCGCAAGCUAAGAAGAUCACGAUGGUGUCCAGCGGAACUGGCGAUAUCGGUGCUGCCAAGCUGACCGGCGAGGUUCUGUCGAUCGUCAACAAAGUGCCAGAGCUGGUCAAGAACAUAACCGGCGUGGACAUUGCUCGGGUACGUUCCAAUUCUGAAUUUAUCUAACUUCGGAGCUCGUCGUGGUGAAGAAUGACGACCCAAUCGAAACCAAAACAAAUGGCAAUCAAAAGACUUUGUAGACAAGAGGACGCGGCUUUCGUUUGCUACCUUCGUUUGUUUUGAGCCUUGUUUUGCGAUAUUGAUUCCCUGGUUUCAAUUCACUUUACGUUUCCUUUCUCUUCAUUUCAGUCUGUGCAUGCUGGCUAAAAAAGUACCCAAAAGAAUACCAAAACACACAAUUAUGUACUCUUCAAAAAGAAAACAAAAAAACAAAAAUUACGCAAUCUUGAACGAUCGAAUACUUCAAAACUGAAAUCGAACGCAUUUAAAUUUCUUUAUAAUUAAUAUAUUAUUGAAUCUUUGUGCUAACCCGACAAAUUUUGCAACAUGUUUUACACACACACUCAGAGAGAGGAGCAAAAAUAUUUUGUAUUACAUGUAUAAUGUAUUUAUAUAAGUGUAUUGCACAAAGCGUGGAAUAAAUAUUCUUCCUUGGAUCAACAAA